ACGUUGAAUGAGCCAUAUUUUAUCAAAUUCGAAGAUGAGGAUGGUCAACUGAAGAAUUACUUAAAUAAUAUUUAAUAUAAACUUCGAUUGUGUUUUCGAAACGAGAUGAAACAUCAAAAGAAUCGCGAAGUGACGUGGACCAUCCUGGAACUCAGAGGUCUCCUAGAAGAGGAGGACUCUCACGUGCACUUUGUCAGGACCAUCAAGCACGUUGCAUUACAUCCAUAUCACUUGAACAAUAUUCAGCGAGGUCUAAAUCAGAUUUUAGGAUCGUUGCUGAAUACUUACGACAGAGAAUUGAAAGGGUUUGUACUGGCUUUUAGAAAUCCUAAAUUGCUUAGCAAUCUGGGAGAAUUGUUCUAUGAUUCUCCCUUUAUUCAUGUUGACAUUGAAGCAGAUUUCUAUCUAUUUCGUCCAAAGGUCGGAUCUUUUCUGAAAGGUAUAGUGAAUAAGAAGAACUUGGACUAUAUUGUAAUGCUGGUACACAAAAUAUAUACCGUAUCUAUUCCGAAACCAGAUAAUACAGAGCAAUGGUUAGGUGAGUCAGUGGAGAUUGGCCAGGAAAUAAGAUGUUGCGUCACUCGACUACAUCACAAGAGCAAACCUCCUUUCAUCUGCGCCAGUUUGAAAUCCGAUUAUUCACAAGGUUGUAGGUUGUCAGAAAGCAUAAUUUAUAUUGAUAAUGUAGACAGUACAACUGAAAAUGCAAAUAGCUCUAUGAAGAUUGACAUUGAUAGAAUAUUGGAAAAUGAUGGUAUUUCUGAGAAAGAGAAGAAAAAACAUCGGAAAGAACACCAGAAAAAACACAAGUUUCAGGAGCGGAAUUCAGAAAUUGUUUGUAAAAUUGAAAAUGAAUCAGAGUUGAACGUAGAAAGCAAUACUUCUAGAAUUAUUAAAUCUGAAAAGAAACAGCAAUGUAUUUUAUUAAAUACUGAUGAUUCUUUGAAUAAUUUGGAAGUCGAUAAUAUCCCUAGAAAACAUAAGAAAAACAAGAAAACAUCCAAAUCGCUACUUUAUAAUGAAAUAAUUUUGGACGAACUUACUGAGUCACGUAAAGCUAUAAAGAGAGAAAAUUCCAUUCUAUUAGAUAGUAUUACUGAAACAAAGACGAAAAAGAAAAAGAAAUUUGAAGAAAUCAAAAAUCUGAUUCAAAAUCUAUAUUAACAACGUUAUAUAGAAAACGUAUAAGAAAUAAUUAAUAGUACAAGGAAUAUUAUUCCCUAUAUUAAAUGUGAAGAAAAGUAACAUGCUUAAGAAACAUAUUGUAUUAAACACGUCAAUACUUUUUCAAAUAAUUUAGAAAAUAGCAUAUCUAAAAAACAUAAGAAAAACAAGAAGCCCUCUAUAAUAUUAGAUUCGGAAUCAGAAAGUCACGUUAAAAUAAAGACUGAAAAGUAAGAUCUAUAUAUAAACAGAAUUAUUAAUGAAAAAGCAAAAAGCCAAACAUCAUGUAGCGAGAUUCAAGUCAUACAAAAUUUGAAUGAAACUUUUGAAAUGCCUAAGUUUAUGAAAAAAGGAAAUUUCAUUAAAUAUGACACUU